UCUGUCCCACGCGACGCCCUCAGAGCCAUCAGCCAUGGCGUAAUCCCAGACGAACGCGCCAGCCCAAGUUUGCAGCUGGUCCUGCUCCUACGAAUUGAACUAGACGACUAGUGCAAACGACGUACAGUAUAAAUUAAUGGUCCCGAACUAUCAGAUUUUGAUACAAGAACCUCCGGUCCGGACAAGCUAGCGCAUGGUAACGUGGUUGGACCUGACCAUCUCAUCUCAUCUCAUCUCAUCUCAUCUCAUCUCAUCUCAUCUCAUCCGUGAAUCCGUCCGUCAGCGAGGCGCAUCAGCCAGCGCCGUCGUCGUCGUCGUGUCCCCCGCGGCGGUGAUAUGGAGUACGGGUGGCUGCUGUCCGCGGCGCUCGCGGCGGCGCUGGCCUCGUGGGCGUUCGACGCGCUGGUGCGCCUCGUGUGGCGGCCGCGCGCGCUGGCUCGGAGCCUCCGGGCGCAGGGCGUGCGCGGACCCCCGUACCGCUUCUUCCACGGCAACCUCGGCGACAUCAGGCGGCUCCGCGCGGCGGGCGCCGGCAUCAGGCUUGACGUCGCCGACCACGACUUCACUCCCAUCGCGCAGCCGCAGUUCCGGGAAUGGAUCCCCCUCUACGGGCGCGUGUUCCUGUACUGGUUCGGCUCCACGCCCAACAUCUGCGUGGCGGACUACGCCAUGGCGAAGCAGCUGCUGGCGGAACGGACGGGGAUCUUCGCCAAGAACCGCUCCAACGCCAACCUGCUCCGGCUUCUCGGCGAGGGGCUCGUGCUGGCCAACGGCGACGACUGGCACCGCCACAAGAAGGUGGUGCACCCGGCCUUCAACACCGACAAGCUCAAGAUGAUGACAGCGACCAUGGCGGAUUGCGCCCUGUCGAUGGUGACCAGCUGGGAGGCUCAGUUGGCGAAUCAGCAGAAGGAGCGCGUUACGAUCGAGCUGAGCGACCAGUUCGAGGAGCUCACCGCCGACGUCAUCUCCCACACGGCGUUCGGGAGCAGCUACAAGGAAGGGAAACGAGUGUUCCAGGCACUCAAGGAGCUGCAGUUCAUCGCCUUCUCCACGCUUUUCAAUGUUCAUAUCCCAGGGUUCAGGUAUCUUCCAACGAAAAAGAACAUGCGUGUGUGGAAGCUGGACAAGGAGGUGAGGAGCACGCUGACGGGGAUCAUCGAGAACCGGCUCGCCGCCAAGGACAAGGCCGGGUACGGAAACGACCUCCUAGGGCUCAUGCUGGAGGCCUGCGCGCCGGAGCACGGCGGCGACCAGCUCCUGAGCAUGGACGAGAUCAUCGACGAGUGCAAGACGUUCUUCUUCGCGGGGCAGGAGACCACCUCGCACCUGCUCACCUGGGUCAUGUUCCUGCUCAGCACGCACCCGGAGUGGCAGGACAAGCUCCGGGCCGAGGUGCUCAGGGAGUGCGGCGGCGGCAGGGACCGCCGCCGGGCUCCCACCCACGACAUGCUCAGCAAGCUCAAGCUGAUGAACCUGUUCAUCCUGGAGACGCUGAGGCUGUACAGCCCGGUCCCGCUGAUCCGGCGGCGGACGCGGUGCCCGGUGGAGCUGGGCGGCGUGGUGGUGCCGGCGGACGCGCUCCUGACGCUGCCGAUCGCGACGAUGCACCGCGACAGGGAGGUGUGGGGCGACGACGCCGGCGAGUUCAACCCGCUGCGGUUCGACGCCGGCACCACCAAGGCGGCGCCCAAGAACCUGAGCGCGAUGCUGGCCUUCUCCAGCGGGCCGAGGAACUGCAUCGGCCAGAACUUCGCCAUGGUCGAGUCAAGGGCCGUGGUCGCCGCGGUGCUGCAGCGGUUCAAGCUCACGCUGUCGCCGGAGUACGUGCACGCGCCGACCGACGUCAUCACGCUGCGCCCCAAGUACGGGCUCCCCAUGAUCGUCACGAGUGUUGAUGAUGCGUAGCGCGAGAUGAUCUACUAUGUAACACUGGGCUGUACAUUAUCAAAUUAGUGAGCGAAGACUAAUUACCUGUUUACUAGUUCGCCUUUGCCAUGAAUAAAUACAUUAGCACAAUCUUGUUGUAAGAUUACGACGACAAUGCCACAACGGCUCUCGUUUGACUUCA